GGAUUCCAGCAGAGGAGAGCGGGACCGAGCUGCGUCUAGUAAAGAGGAACGACAUAUGGUGUGUAUAUUUCGAACCUGAAUGACAGUAAGGUGACAAAAACAAUUUGAGACCUACCUGCGUAUUCGCAAACUACUUGUUUCUUUUAUGCAGCCAUCAACUUCAAUGACAAGGAGCGCUUGAAAGGAUGGUCAUUGUUGUUUUCAUAAGUCCUCCAACGGUCCUUCCAUUGAUCCUUAGUUCUUCGUCUUGCAUACAGUCUCCGAAUGUCAGACUUUGUACUACUUCGAAUUUACUUAACCGAUCUUUCAUUUACUCAGCAGCUCUUUAUCUUCUACAUACAGUAGUCAAGCAUCUGUUUUCUCUUAUAGAAACAUUUUCGGUAGUAUCCAUAGCUCAGGCCAAAGCCCAGCCGCAGAGAAGCAAACAAGCUAUGCCCAGCAGCUGGAUAAAUGCGAAUUGGGAUUCCCGUCAAAAGGGAUAAGCAUCAAUGUGAACCAAUUUGUGCAUGAUCAUGCCAUUGCCAUUGUUUCAGCAAACCCGAUGCAUGAUCAGUUGAAUUAAUGCCUAGUCAUGUAUUAUACUACCGGCCAAGCAUGAUCAGUAACUGGAGAAUUUAAAUAUUUUCCGACGAGUUUAUUGUGUAGACACAACUAAAACAACUUCGAUAUAUAAUAACGUUGAUGCUACUGUUGGCUGAAUUGCGGUAUCGAUGAAUAUCGUUGUGGGUGACCGUACGAUGGGAAAGAAGAUUGCUUUUGAGGGAAUCUAUCUAAUGAAGAUGGCUGCUGAAAUGUUUGACCGAAACUGCCAGAUGAAUCACCAAAAUAAGGUUGGUGCCGUUGAGCGAAUCCUCCCAAAGACGGAAAUUGUUGGAAGUUGUCACGGAAGCUGCCAAAAUGAGAUGAUGUAUGCUGCGAACUGUUUCCGGUGGGCAAAUGCGAACCAAGUCCCGAGUGGAACGGUGGUGACAAGUCCUGUAAGUAGAGGGAAUCUCCAUUAGAAGGGGGGAAAUGCGAGGGUUGGCUCUGCGAUCCAUCUAUUUCGUAACUUGACAUGAAUCUAUC